AACCAAAGAAUAUGUCUCAGAAAGCACUUGCAAAUCACAAAACCAAAAACGUAUUCAAAGAUGGUUUUAAUAAGUGUUUUUAUUAUAAUAUCAUUAUUUUAUCUUGCUUUCCUUUCCUUUAAGAACUGUUUCUUAUAGAAAGGAAAGUUAGAAAAUUUGCGGUUAAAGCUUGAGUGUAAUUACGGUAACGGAGGUAGUUGCAAUUAAUACUUUAAAUUUUAUUACACUCAGCUGUACAUAUUUAUAUAAGUCUAUAGAUGACAAAUCGGAGCAUUAAUGUAUUUAUAGCCCUUCUUGGAACGCAAUUUAAUAUGGACCAGCUUGCAGCGCUGGUAUGUUACUAAGGGACUUAUUUACAACAGCUGAUAAAACUUGGUACCUAAUCUGCUGUAAGAGUAAAAAAUAAAAAUGAAUAUAGAAUUCGCCAGUUUCGAAUUAAGCUCCCAAGCACUAAUUGGAUCUUUGUUAGCAUUAUGCGCGUUAUUUGCUGUUUGCCGCAAUUUAUUACUAGAGGAUGUUAUUUGUAUUCCUGGAAAAACUAAACACAGCUGGAAAUCUAUCAAAAUACUAGAGAAGAUAUGUUAUUGCAACGCUUGCGAAAUACUAUUAACUAAUUCGGAAGGUCUCUUUUGCGAUUGCUGUGGAAUUUGUACACAUUCAAUUCAUGCCUGUACAAAAAAAAUUGAUAUUAAUUUUAAAUGCAAAGAUAAAUGGCUCCGUAAUGAAAAGGCUAUGCGCCAUUUAUGGAUUCGAGGCAACUUGCCAGUUAGCGUGAUGUGCUCAUUAUGUAAUGUCGAAAUCGAUUAUCAUGCAACAGCGGGUCUCUUCGGUUGGAGGUGCGCAUGGUGCCAACGCUGCUACCAUAAUAACUGCUACAAAAGUAUUGAUUCCAAAGCUGAAUGCGAUUUGGGUGAAUUUCAGGAUAUGAUAUUUCCACCGUAUUGCAUUAUUGCAGCGCGUACUCGUGAGUCUGUGCGUUUACAUUUGGCUGGUAUCAAACCACCCAACAUUGAAGGUUGGGAACCGUUAAUUGUUAUUGCUAAUACAAAAUCUGGCAGCAGUACCGGAUCGCAUGUGGUAUCAUUGCUUCGAGGUUAUCUGCACCCACUUCAAGUAAUGGAGUUGGGUGGUCGGGGACCACAAGAUGCCAUGCAAUGGGUUGCAAAAGCCAGUCCACGUCCAUGUCGUAUCCUAGUUGCAGGUGGGGAUGGAACUGUAGGAUGGGUGCUAAAUACGAUAUACGCACUUAAUAUAAAGCCUGUACCCUCAGUUGCAAUCAUGCCGUUAGGGACAGGAAACGACCUUUCACGGGUAAUGGGUUGGGGUUCACAACCACCUCAUAUUUUGGAUCCUAUUGCACUACUUAGAAAUAUUAAAAACGCUCGGUCAGUAAAUUUGGAUCGUUUCGAUUUACAAAUUGAAAAAUUGUAUUACCGUUUACCAAUCCAGCGACAUCCCAUCAAAACGAUUCAUAUCUACAAUUACUAUAGUAUUGGAGUGGAUGCACUGGUCACUUAUAAUUUUCACAAAACUCGAGAAUCUCGAUUUUACUUGUUAAGUAGUAGAAUAUUUAAUAAGUUAAUAUAUUUUGGCUUUGGGACUCAGCAAAUUGUUCAACGCGAUUGCGAAGGAAUUGAACAAAAACUAGAUCUAUAUUUGGAUGGACAUAUUGUAGAACUACCAGAAUUGCAAUCAAUUAUUUUCCUUAAUAUUGAUUCAUGGGGAGCUGGCUGUAAAUUAUGCGAACUUAGCAAUUCAGAUGCAAAAAAUAAGAUGGAAAACUCCACUUCGGAUGGAAUGCUCGAGGUUUUUGGACUUGUGUCGUCUUUUCAUAUGGCGCAAUUGCAGUGUGGUAUAAGUAAGCCAGUGCGCAUCGGUCAAGCUAAGCAAAUACGAAUUGUUGUAAAGUCUACCUGCCCAAUGCAAUCAGAUGGAGAACCAUGGAUGCAGACACCUGCCGAUAUACGUUUACAAUCCCGCAGCCAGGUUCGCAUGUUAAAGCUUGAAAUCUAGUGCAUGUUUAAAUAUCAAAAUGUACAUAACAUUUAAUUAUUUAUGUGUACAUUUUCAUAAAUUCUGUACAUGGUUAAUAAAAGUCUCCAUAAAUGACAGCUGAAUUUUAAUGCUCCACAAUCUAUAGUCUAUGUUAAGAAAGUCAACAAAAAUGUUAAUAUAGACACAUAUAUAUAUUCAGAUCUUUACUUUUACAAACAUUUUAUAACAUAAGCAAUCGAUUUUAUCCUAUGGAUAAUUGUUUUAUCAUAGAACCUUCAAUAAUUGAAUAAGUAUGAGUUAUGAGCUGAAAAAUUAGCGGACCAGCGAAAAUAAUUAUAUCAUGCCAUAAAAGAGUUAUGAGCGUACAAAAACAUCAUAGUAUAUAUAAUGGGGGAACUAUGCGCAUCGAAGGAGAGAAUUUAAUAUAAAAAUGCCUAAUGAAUUUAAAAGAUCUAUCCCUAAUGAUUUGACGAUUUAUAUUUUUAUUUUUAUAUAUCUGUGUAUUGCAUUCAAUUUAUUAUGACUCGACAUUACAGCAAUACAAAUGAAUACAAAACUGAAACUGUUGUUAGCUUAACGACUGGAACGAAACAUAAUUCGUUCAUUUAAUUUACUUGGCUUUGUCUAGUCGUAGAUGCUUAUUUGUGGUAUGUUAAAUUUUCAAAUAUCUUAAGGCGGGUACUCUUUUCUCUCGAUUGGAACGCAGUUGUUUCUCAUAUACGCGCGCUUAAAUCAUCGUUAAUUCCAUAAUUGCGUUAACAAUGUCA